AUGGUCAUCGGCGCCGCAGGAACAGACUCGGCCAGCUCCAGUCGAGAGUACGGCCUCACUUUUGAGAUUGGGCCACCGGCAGCCGUCCGCCCCGGCGUCCCGUUUACCCUGCCGGUGGUGGUUGGGGUGCGACCCGUCGGCAGCGCCGCCGGCGCGGGCUCGGUCCAGCAACUAGUGAUGCACGCCUCUCUGCGUAACGACGCUGGGCCGGCGCCCGGGUUGACAGGGACGCUGACAUCGAGCGUGCGUAGUCGCAUUGGGAACACGACCAGCGGGUAUGCGCGGUUCAGUCCCCUGGUCAUCGCCGCCCCGGGACGGUACCGGUUGCGCGUGAUGCUGGGGGCAGCUUCGGCUGGCGGGGUGACCACGAGAGCGUAUGUCGAUUCAGGGAUUAUUCAAGUGCAUGCUGCGGCUGCGCCGUCGCAGCGUCCGACUCCCGCACAGGUCGUGACGCUCCAGAGUCUGAUUCCCGAGAAUAUAGACGUUACGGCGGGGGACAUUGCAGCGUGGCAGCGAGCGUGA